AUGGAGGCCGAGAUAGUCACUGGACGCUCGGGGCCCAGGGACGGCCUCUUCGGUGCUGCCCUGCUGAGCGAUCCGGCCGGCAACGCAGAGGACGAGCAGAACGAAGAGACGUGUCAGGUGUUGAUCCCGCCAAACAUGACCAUGGGCGCCGAUGACGAGGAGGUCUGCGGCGUCUGCCUCGAGCCGCCGUCGGCCGGCUGCUUUGUAGAGCUGUGGUGUUGCGGCAACAUCCUGUGCGUGGCGGAUGCGCAGCAGCUGGGCAAGUGUCCCUUCUGCCGCGAGGAGCCACUGGUGUGGAACAUCACGAAGUGA